AUGUUUUUCGAGUUGUACGCACUAAGGCAUCCAAAAUUUGUGACAGUAUCGAAGCAACAUUUACGAGACGAACUGAAAUUAACGAUGUUUUUAUGCGAAACAAAACAACUCGAAUCAAAAUUUAUUUCUCCAAUCAGGUCGAACUCUCAUCUAAACGAAGCAGAGUGUUCCGUUCAAAUCCAUUUAGAGCACCAACAUGAUUCACAG